CUGGUGCUUUACUAUAGUGAUUUAUGACAAAGAUAUCGAUUUACCAAUAUAUAGGAGAUGGAUCGUCUUCUUUAUACAUUGUGUCACAAAUAUAUCCCAAAACAUAAUCGUGUACAUCAAACUCGUCAUAGAAAAUACAUCUGUGUAUCAGUUCUGGUUUACUAGCUAGUAAUUGACCACCAGAGCCGCUGUACGUCAACCAAUCCUAUAUAGAUAGUUGAUAUGUAGCAGGUGAAGCACACGACACGGAUGCACAGCUAUCUGCACUGACAAAGUACCUCUCUAGUCACCUCCGUUGGCAGAUGGCGCCUGUAUCCUUGGUCACCGUCACCAUGGUGACGUUGUGUUUGUAUUGUGAUAUGACUACCGGACUGUCAACUUCAGAGGCUGCACAGUUUACUGUCAGUGGCUCUUACUCCGCUACCCUUACGGUAUCCUCUACCAGUACUACGUACACGAUCUCUUCCUCUGGGAUGCCUGAUCAUGCCUGGCAAAGUGUCAAUCCGAACACCCCCACUGCACAGAACCACGUUGUAACAGUGCCGAAGACCCCGACUGUUGCUUCCACUAAGGGUUGUCUUCCCAUGGGACAGAUCGCUAUCACUAGGACAGGAGUGUCACUGUACAAUCCUCUCGCUUCGGGUUACGUCAACGCCGUCGAAGGAUCAAGCGCUGAGACAUUUGAUAGCUGUGAUGGUCAUGCUACAGAUCGUGGUGAUUAUCACUACCACAAACUUCCGUCGUCCUGCCUCUGGCAAAAUGAGCUUGAUUACCUAAUCGGUGUGGCCAUGGAUGGGUACCCCAUUUACGGCCCCAACACAACCGGAUACUCGGCCUGGUUAACUACUUCUAGCCUAGACGACUGUCACGGUAUCACUAUAGGCGGGGAGUACCGGUACGUGGCCACUACGGACUUCCCUUACCUGCUCGGAUGUUUCCAUGGGGUUAUUUCUGACAGUUCUUUCGAUACAACUUACAGCUGUUCAAGCUCCACUAACUACGCCCAGUGGAAUGGUUACCUGUGUAGCUGUCACGAGCUAUCGAACGCGGCAAACUCUCUAACGUCAUUAUCCCAGAUCGUUACGCUCGUCGGCUUGGUCGCCAUGUCAACUGCUCCUUCACAACAAUUUUUGUAAUUUUUGUUUUCGGUGUGAACAAAAUCAUGACCAUGAUUCCUUUUAAUUAAGACAAAAAUAGGAAGAUCUCUUAAACGAACCCAUGUUUUAAACGCAGUUCAUAUUGUCACUAUGUAGUUAUACUGUUCUACACUGUAGCAGUGAUGUUUAUUUUCUAGAUUAACGACUGUUCUUAGAUGUGAUCUGACAGAAAAUAAGAUCAAUACAUGUUACUGAUAUCGUUAGUGGAUACUUCUUUGACAAAUCACAAGCUCUAGUCUUGAAUUCGGCGAUAUUUAAUGAGAGUUCGUCUAUACCGGAAAUGGAAUUCUUGCCGGAUCAGGGAUAAUUUCGAGAUUAACUUAAGGAUUUAAACAUGCAAAAACAACAGCCAUGGCAUUGUAACCCUGAACGUUUGUAAACCUCUUCGGUUUGCUAUUGAUAAAACUAUCACAAAGAAUAUUUGAUAAAAAAAACACGUAAUUUUAUCGUGAGAUAGUUUGGAUUGAUAUCUUAUAGUUUUAAAAUAACUGUUCAUGUUUAAAUGUAUAUUUCGAAUUGUUCAUGACGAGUAAGACCUCUCAAGGGAAUUGGAUUGUUACAUAUAACAAGAUUUUCUGUUAUGUUGUGUCAGUGUCCUUUCAUUAUGCCAUAAUACGACACACCACUUGUGUUAAGUGUAUACAUUUCGCAAUAGAAAAUUGAAAUUCAGUCUGAGGGUUUCAAUUAAAAAUGUCAAAAUAAAAUUUGCAUUUA